CUCUCUCUCUCUCUCUCUCUCUCUCUCUCUCUCUCUCUCUCUCUCACACACACACACACACACACACACACACACACACACACCACGUCCUCUGAGAACUCAGCUGGCUGCGACGGCGCACACCCCGCCCCGGCGCGCGUCCCAGGCCGGUGGAGCGCAGAUCCAGAUCCCCGGAUCCCGAGCCUCAGGUGGCGCGGAAGGGAGAGCCCGCGCGUGGCAGCCCUAGCUGCCCUUGCCGAGACCCUCAGCCCUCCGUCCGGAUAGGGGAGCUGAGCAGGCGCGGCUGGCACCCAGAGCCCACCUGCCGGCCCUCGCGGUUGGUUCCUCCAGCUGUGCCCGGCUCCCGGCGUCCGCUCCGCAGCUGGAGCGCCACCCCGGCUCCGCCGCCGUCCCCUUCACCUCCGGAGUGUCCCGGGCCACCCGAAGAAGCGCGCGGCGCGACAGCGGGACCUCGCAAUGGCCUGGGCGCGCGGGCUGCUGUGUCUGUGGCUAGGCUGCUUCGGUCUGAACCUGGCGCGCGGUCAGAGACCGAGCCUGCAUCUCCCGGAGCUCCGCGGGGCUGCACCCGGCGACCGCACGACAGGUGGUGGCCCGAGCCCGGACUGGCCGCCGCAGGAUAAGGUGUCAGAGCAUAUGCUGUGGCUCUACGACAGGUACAGCGGCGGCGGCAGAGUCCAGGCCACCCGGACACCCGGCUCGCUGCCUCCGGGUCCCCAGGCCCUGCGUGGUGGCAACACCGUACGCAGCUUCAGAGCCGCAGCCGCAGGAACCCUUCAAAAACGAGGGUUGCACACUUUUAAUCUUACUUCUCUAACCAAGUCUGAAAACAUUUUGUCAGCCACACUGUAUUUCUAUAUUGGAGAAUUAAUGAACAUCAGCUUGGGCUGUCCAGUGUCCCAAGGAUGCUUCCAUCGUGCUCAGAGACAGCACAUCCAGAUAGAUCUCUCAGCAUGGAUCCUCAAAUCCAACCAAAGCCAGCUCCUGGGUCACCUGUCCAUAGAUGUGGCCAAACCUUAUAGAGACAGUAUGUCUUGGCUGUCAAAAGACAUCACUCAGCUCUUAAGGAAGUCCAAGCAAAAUGAGGAGUUCCUCCUUGGAUUUAACAUUACCUCCAGAGCACAUGAGCUGCCCAAGAGGAUGCUGCUUUUCCCGGAGCCUUACAUCUUGGUAUAUGCCAAUGAUGCUGCCAUUUCUGAGCCAGAAAGCGUGGUAUCUAGUUUACAGAGACACCGAGAUUUCUCCACAGGAACUGUGCCUGGACUGGAUAGCCAUGUCAGAGAUGCCCCCUCUGUUGAAAGGAGGAAGAAGCGCUCUACUGGGAUCUUGUUGCCAUUGCAGAACAAUGAGCUACCUGGGGCAGAGUAUCAGUACAAGGAGGAUGGGGUAUGGGAGGAGAGAAAGCCUUACAAGAGCCUUCAGACUCAGCCCCUGGAGAAGAGCAAGAACAAGAAGAAACAGAGGAAAGGGCCUCAUCAGAAGGGACAGACACUGAAGUUUGAUGAGCAGACCCUGAAGAAGGCAAGACGAAAGCAAUGGAUCGAACCUCGGAACUGUGCCAGGAGGUACCUUAAAGUGGACUUUGCUGAUAUUGGAUGGAGUGAAUGGAUUAUCUCCCCCAAGUCAUUUGAUGCUUACUAUUGCUCUGGAGCCUGCCAGUUCCCAAUGCCAAAGUCUUUGAAGCCGUCAAAUCAUGCAACCAUCCAGAGCAUAGUGAGAGCUGUGGGGGUCGUCUCUGGAAUUCCUGAGCCUUGCUGUGUGCCAGAAAAGAUGUCCUCACUCAGUAUAUUAUUCUUUGAUGAAAACAAGAAUGUUGUGCUUAAAGUCUAUCCUAACAUGACAGUAGACUCUUGUGCUUGUAGAUAACCCAUCAGAGAACUCAUCCAAAUGCUCGAUUCAAUCAUUAGUUUUAUGGACUUUUGUUUUGUUUUUGUUUUUGCACUGCAAAUACAUUUUGUCCCCCCAAAAAAUGUUUUACAGCAUAAAGGGAAUGAAGCAGUAGAUGGGAGAUUUCCACCAAACAAAACUGGACUGUAUUUUCUUUUGAAUGUAACUAAAAGUAAGAUUUUCAUAAAUGUAGAUGUCUACUUCAUUUCUUUAAUCACAUAAGUAAAAUUAUUACUCAAACUGUUUUUAGAAGCAUUAGAGAACACAUUGACUUAUUUUUGUAUUGGGCUUUAAGACUAGGUGGGAAAUAACAGCAAUAACUUGUCAUUUGUCUCUACUUAUAUAAAGACUAAAGGGAAGUAAAUAGAAAUCUUGUAGUUUUUAAACUAGGUUUCCUGCCUUAGACUCUUGAUCAGCCAGCCAUUGCUAAACACCCAGCUGACUCUGAUGCUCAUGUAAAAGGUUUCUGAGACUUGUUUCACCUCAAUUUUUCUCCACAAUCAUGGUGUGAGCUGAGCUAGUGUGUGCUGCGUGCUAGUGUGAGUAUACGUGUGCCACCUCCCUGCUUUGAAAAAGAUUCUUAAUGUGGUUCUAUAAAUCCAUCUUCAUGGGAUUCCUUUUUUUUCAAUAUUACAUUCUGAUGUGCACCAGCCACUGAUGAUUGCAUGAUCCAAGAGCGUACGCCAAGAGUGAUGCGUGAACCAGACCCCAUCACUGAUUGGAAAUACAGUUGUUUUCAUUUCAUUGACUCCCAGAAAGAGAGAACCAGAGACUCCAUUUUUGAAACCCCAGAUGUAACUCUUCUCUGUCUCUUUUUUCUACGUGGCCUUUCAUUUGCUUUAAGCGAAUUUAGGAAGUAGUUCCUGAAGUUAUUAGCUUUCUAGGUUCGUUGCUAUUAUGCUCUUUCUUCUUGUGAUGGUGUGGAGACUUUGGGGCUUAAAAAUUAUUAGAAAUGACCAAGUGAGUUAUUAUAUUAUAGAAAAUAUCAUGUUCCGCACCUGUUUCUAGGCUCUUCUCCUCACAGAUCAAGACACUGGCCUCAGACACAGAGCUUAUACUUCAUCAAAGCUUGCUAAAAAAUUAUCCACCAAGAAAAGAGCCAAUACAGACACGGUUCAUUUCCAUUUGCUAUAAAUACCUCCUCUUAGAUUUUUGCCCUUGAAAAUUAUUUUAUCUUUCACUUGCAAACUGGAGAAGAACAGAUACACUUUAGGAUUUGUAGAAGAGAACAGUAUUCCAUGCAGGAUUUCAUUUGAAGGCUAAUACAUAAUACCUCUGGGUAAAGCUCUUUCCAUUUUAAAAAGCCCUAAUGUGGUGUGGAAUUGUCUUAACUCCCAAUGAGACGAAGAGUGUGUAAAGAACUGCAGUGGAGGUUCCAAAGUCACCUGGUUUCCUCUAGUUCACUUUUCAUCCUUUUAACAUAAAGUUACAGACUUUCAAACUCAGGUGGAGAAUAAAAUACUCUUUAACAAAAUUUCUGACAAAUCUGAAAGCAAAAUACAUGACAGUAACAAAAAGUUAUAUAUUCACAGGUCUUUCAUCAAAUAAUUUUUUUUUCCUCAGUACAUUUGAUGAAAUUCUUAAUUUUGCCUUUUCUAAAGAUAUACUGAUCCCAAACUCUAGCAAUUCUUUGUAUCACUUCUCUGCCUUUUAUAAUUUCUGAUGCCUUUUAAAACUCAAAUCAAUUUCUACUUUUUGUGUACUAAAUCCUACCGUGUGCCCAAGCCUUCUCAAUGUUAAGAAUUCCCAAGUACUGAAUAAUUAAUAUUUCACUUUGAUUAUUGGCUCUCAUGCUAAACAGCACAGACUGAGCUUUGACAUUUUCUCAUUGGUGGAAACCGUGCUCACUAACCGUUGCUCUAAACACCUGCUAGCCGUCAUGCCAGCAUAUACUAAGUUGGAAGUGCACAAUGGUAUGCGUGGGAAAAAAUUAUUCCUAGUGGUGGGGGAUAAAUUGACUGGCAUUUAAAUUAGCAAAAUGUUUUAAAAAUGCAACAUUAAGUAAGUGCCAAUUUUGCAACAUGUUAGGGACAAGUUUCCAUACAAUUCCCACGUAAGAUUCUGAGAAUGCAGGGCUGUAGAUAGGCUCAGUAGAUAAGAGCUCUUUCUGCUCCUCCAGAGGUCCUGAGUUCAAUUCCCAGCAACAACAUGGUGGCUCACAACCAUCUAUAAUGAGAUCUGGUGCCCUCUUCUUGCAUGCAGGCAUACAGGCAGAUAGAGCACUCAUACAUAAAAUAAAUAAAUCUUUUUAAAAAAGAAAGAUUUUGAGAGUGCUCCCAUACAAUUUUAAGAUUGGUGGGAAAAGGAUUACAUUGCAAAAUGCUAUUUCUUAAAUUAAAUCUGCUUGCCCCAUAUCUAUUUCUGUCUCCCUCUCCCUCCUCAACAUCAUUCUUCUUCUCUUCCCUCUCAAGCACUGUUGCAGCCAUUCUUACACACACACACACACACACACACACACACACACACACACAAAGAGAGAGAGAGAAGCAGAGACAGACAGAGACAGAGGCAGAGACAGGAGACAACAGAGAGACAAAGACAGAGACAGACAGUUAAUAAAAUAUUUUUUUGAAACAAAAUGUCUACAAAAAUACCAAUGGGUUAAUUUUGGGUUGACCAUUUAUUACUGGGCAUAGGCCCUACCCUAAAGUGUGGUCAAUACACCCAGUGAUACUCCGUUGGAGAAAACUAAUUUUUCCUUUGCAAGGAAAAAUUGUGUCUAUUGCCCCUCUCAGCACUGGUCCCACAUCUGGCUCAAAUCUGUGCAUUCUUUUUCUGAUAACCGUUUCUCUGGAAUUCCAGUUAAAGGAUUACCCAUAUCCAUGCAGUAUUUUAAGAAUUCUUCAUUGUAACCUGUGUAAAUAACAUAUAAUUUACAGAUGUUAACGCUGUAGAAUGAAACUGGAAGAUUGAAUGCCUUGGAUCUCAGGAUUGCAGUAUUCCAGAUUAAAUUUUAAACUUACCUAGCUUUGUAUUAACUCAUGACCAUUUAUUCACUAACAUGAUGUUUUACUAUUUCUGUAUAAAACUCGUAUUACACAUUUAAUACUUCAUAGAGAACCAUGAGUAAUAAUGUCACCAGUCUGACCUAUACAAUGCUUAUGUAACUAUCCUCUUGAGUUAAGGUCAGAGCUUUAAGUAUUCUCUGUGCUACCAAGUAGCAAAUGCCUGGACAUGUUGAAGUAAGGUUGGGUUAGAGAACAGCUAUGCAUUUCUGACAUGUGAGGAUGAAUAAGCAACGAAGUAAGAAACCUAGGCUAAGUCUGAUUUCUCAGUAUUUUAAUGCAGCUUAUGAGUGAUAAAAUGACCCCCCUUUUCUAAAGACAAAACUUUCCCUUCAACUUUUCACACUAGUUUCUGUAAAUGUUUCAGUUGAAAAUUUAAAGCUUGUACAGUCAAUGGCAAUUUAAAUAUAUAUUAUAUGUAUAUGGAAAAGUUUAAAGAUGCUUUCUUAAUUUAUUUAAUUACUGUUGCCUUUCUAUAUUGGUAAUGAGUUUCUUCCUUACUAGGUGACAACAACAUCUUUUUUUUUUUUUUACUCUAGUUCCUAGAUAGGACAUGACAUUUGGUUCUUUGUCAGGUCCAUUUCAAGGGUGUCGCAGCUGUAACUGUGAAGGUCACUUCACUACUGAUGUGUUAAGCUUUGCUGAACUUGUAUCAUUUCCCUCCAGUAACGAAGAACUUUCAUUUUACAUUUCAAAAAUAAAAACAGCUUCAUUGAA